UUAAUGGAUCCUGCAAUGAGUCAAGAGAGAAUUGAAGAGGCAAGCAGAGAGAGUAACUAUACAUCGCCUAGAGAAAUUACUCAGAAAAAGCUCGGAAAAGCUGAGGAUGCUAAAUUAAAGAUACAGAAGGAUAUAGCUUCAGCUCUUUAUGGAUUCCUUCAAAAGCACUUGAUCAUUGAAAUUCUUCCCCUACAUGCAAAGGUGCUAACUAUCGAGAGAAACAUGAGCAUUAGAGUUGGCCUAACAGCACUACAUGAGCAAAAGACUCCUCAUUGAGUAGUGUGGGAUUCUCUUAGAGGAGAAUAUGAUGGAACCCUUGUACUGAAAGAUUUUCUAGACGUCUCGAUAAACACUAAUGUUCCUUCUUCCGAUGAAAUUAAUGAAGAUGAAGAAGAGAAAAUUCCAUCUGAAGAGGCAGUCAAUGAAGAUUUAAACGCUCCUUCAACUCUUUUCAAUGAUAUAGCAGAAGAAAUGGAAAAUAAAUCAGUAUUUCAGAUAUUUGAACAUGUCAAAUGCACUAAGCACAAAAUAGUCAAGAUAGGCUAUGAUGAGAGUCUGAAGAAAAUAUGGGAUAUCAUGCAAGAUCAGGGCUUGAAGAUGGCAGCUUUGGAGUCUAUCUCAGAUGCUGAAAACAAGAUUCCUUCCUUCAUCCAAGGAUUCCUCUCAUAUAAUGAUUUUCUCGAAUUCUUUGUUGAUAAUUACGACGGGGAUGUGAAACCAUUUGAGAGGACUUUAACAGAAAUUGACAUAUUUUAUUCUAAAGGUUGAGGAGAUCCUGAGCACGAUACCAUUAAGGUUGUUCAAAAAGAUGAAAAGCUGUAUGUAGUCAUCAAGAAGAUGCUCGAGUACCAGAUCUUAAUGGUUCCUGUUGUGCAAGAUAUGGAAUCUAGAAGAACAAUUGGACUCUUCUUCCUAAAAGAUGUAUUUUGGUUACUCAGAUCUGGUAAAUAUUUCGACCAACCCAUUCAUGUGCUCCUUAAAGAGAUCUAUCAAGAUGCCCAGAAGGAUGAGUCUGACUUACCUGAAUGUGAAGGUGAAGAAGAUAGUGAUUUCGGUGAAUUUUUGAAGGACGAAGGUAUUGAUGAAGAUGGACAGGAUUUUUUGUACGAACUUGAUACUGAAUCAAAAAAAAGUGGCUCAAAGAUUAGUGAUAAUAGAGUAAGAUCUUAUAAUGGGAGCAAGCAAAAUAUGGCAAUGGAUGAUACAAUGCCAGGCACAAAAACGAAGAUGGAGUUUUCUUCAGCUAAUGAUGUUUAUCAAAUGAACAAUCAGAGUGAAGCUUCUAAGAACUUAAGAAAUAUCCUCUCCCAAGAAGAGUCUAAUAUUUUACAAAGAAAAGAGUCCUCUGGAGGGUAUAGACUCGAGCCUGAGACAAGUGGGAAACAUUUUCCAAGUACAGAUUAUAUGAGAAUGAAGAAUCAUUCACACAAUAGCAAAAUCAGUGGAAGAAUAAGAGCAAGGACUAGAGGAUGGUCUAUAAAUUCAUUCAAGAAAGACUUCAUUACCAAAAAGCUUGUUGCUAAGACAAAAGAAAUUUAUGGCAUCAACAGAGUUGCAAUUUUCAACCCUGACUGUACACUCAAGGAAUGAAUUGAGAAGAUAAUGUGUGUCCCUGAAAACAGGCUGAUAGAGAUUGACACUGACUUCAGAGUAGUUUCUAUCCUGACUUGCUCCGAUAUCAUAUCAUUUGUCUCGAGAUAAAUAAUUUUAUUAUCCGACAGCUCUUUACUACGUAU